UAUGUGUAAGAUAACAAAUCUUGUUUCUUCAUAAUCUCUUUAUUAUCUAUUCCUUUCUUUUUAUUGACAUUGGAAAUGUAUUGAAUUACAUAUUUAUACAUUUGGAAAUACAUAAUGUAUCGCUGUUCGCGUUCUGGCGUCCCGCAUCUGCCGUAUUGGCUUUCUGAUACAGCAUCUUGCUUCUGGUUGCAUCUCUAUGACAUUUUGGAUAAUAGCUCGUGACAUUAGCUUAUAUAGAUACGAUUUGACUGAAAAUAUAUGUUCCAAAAAUUCCAAUAUUCGCACACGUGUCUAAGUCUAGACGUUCUUAUUGAUUUUGUUUUUAAAUGCGAAUAUUUAAAAACCAAGACAAUAAGAACAUUUAGGUUGGGUUGGGUACGUAUCUCGAUAGUGGUAUUUUUACUUUAGGGGAUACUGGAAUCGAUGACUAGCUUCAAAAAUGUCGAUAACGUCGAAACAAUCGUUACUAAUACAGUCACGCUAUCCUUUUCGUGUUCCUUGUAUGCACAUAUAGAUCCUACGUGCAUGCGUGUUGCUUUGUUUCACCAUAUAACGGAAAAACUAACCACGCACAUACAGAAAUCUCUCUGCAAGCUUUUUCGAUAUUUUUAAGCUUCUAAAUUCAAAUGCAAAGAUACAGCAAUAUUCUUCAAAGUUUCUCUGAACGGAGCAAACUCACGUUCAAUAUAUACAAGUUAUAGAUCGCUACAGAUUCGUAUCAGAUAUUUAUUUUAACUGACACUGUCUGACAGACUAAUUUACAUUCGAAAUGUCAACAUUGAGAUUUUUUACCGUCUUUGUCAUUUUAUUGAGCAAUGCUCCAAUUCAUUUUUGUGUGCAUUGUUAUUAUGCAAGGGCAUUUGUAAUUUUGCGCAGUUAAUAUAACGUAAACUUUGCAUAAAAAAAAUCAAUAUUCUGUCGGUAAAAAUUUCGACUCCAGCGUUCCUUUAAUUAACAUGAUAUCGCUGAGAGUGCGAUUAAAUAUUUCAAGAGCCGACGAAAUAUUUUGCAUAAAAUGUAGCGUAAAGUUCGUAUCACAGCGACUGUCGAGUGGAUUGGGAUUAUGUAAAAUGGACGAUUAUGUAAAAUGGAGCAUUGUUUAAUUGACAGCCACUAAUCUCAAUCGAUGUUUUGCUCCGAAGGUAGAAAAGCAAUCGCGCUAAUCGCCAAACAGUAAUUCUAUCGACAAUCGCUAGUGUGAGACGGCCGCGGAGAAGUAUACGACGCGCGAGAGUACCGGUAACAAUCGGUAGAAAGAGUAAACUCAUCCCCUCCCCCCACUCCGCCAUCAACCGUCAAGCGUCGUCGCGCGGCACCGCCGAGCCGCCGCGAGUGAUAACAACAAUCAAAACAUUCCGGACCUUAACGACCGUCAAAUCUCCCCUCGUGUGUCGCGUACUUUCUCAUUGUGUCUCGGGCCGGCGAGCCUCACGUACGUCGCGGAGCACGCGUACCGUUAAACUAGUGUCAUAUUUGUGAUUAAAACUUUUCGUGGACUCUUGAAACAUUUAAACGGGCUGUCGUCGGCAUCGCGUUAUUUAACACGUAUCUUCGAUUGAAUCGUAUCUACGCGAGUGUCAGUGUCAGUGUCAUGAUGAAGCAGUCAGGAAGGAUGCCGACUCGAGAAGCAAAGACGGAGGAUGAGGAAUGACAGACAGCGAUACAUCAUGCAUUGUCAGACCUAGCCUCUUCUCGAAAGGAGCGCCAAGGGGGCACGGAUAUUUGGCAGUCGCGAGAACGAGCAUCGGUCGGAGAUGAGGAAGGCGACCCUGUUAACCGCCGUAACGAUUUUGCUGUCGGUGACGGCGCGCGAUGCCGCGGCAGAACUUUACACCGCUCUGGCGGAUAUGGAGGAGCUGCUGGAAACGGAAGCCGUGCUGAUUGACACACUAAACGGUUACAUCACGGCGCAGGAGCAGCGACUAGCGACACUGAGAAGAAACGUGGAAGAUUAUGCGAGAGAACACGAAGAGGCGUCCAGGAACAUCCAACAGUACCUGUCGAAUCCCAUAAACGCUUAUCUGCUGGUGAAACGACUGACCACCGACUGGAAAAGAGUCGAGGAACUGAUAACCGAGGACGUUGGCAAGUCCUUCGUCGCGAACAUCACGAAUUCCAGGAGCGACCUGAAAUUCCCGACCGACGAGGACCUCAAUGGCGCCGCUGUCGCUUUGAUGAGGCUACAGGAUACAUAUAAGCUCGAGACCGCGCAGGUUGCAAAGGGCGUUCUGAAUGGGGUGCAAUACAGCACCGGAUUGACCGCGAGCGAUUGCUUCGAGCUGGGCCGGCAGUCUUAUCACAACCGCGACUACUACCACACGGUGCUGUGGAUGCAGGAGGCCAUGGAUCGUUUGCAGGAGGAGCAGAAUGCGACCACCACCUCGAAGCCCGACAUCUUAGAGUACUUGGCGUUUUCAACGUACAUGCAAGGUAACGUCGCCCGCGCUUUGAGCAUGACGAACGAGCUGCUGGAAUUGGUGCCGACACACGAGAGAGCGCUGGGAAACCGUGCGUAUUACCAAAAGGAGAUCCAAAGCAAGGCCAGUCAGUCGAAGAAGAAGCGGGGCGAAGACGGACAAGACGACACGGCGAUACCGGAACAGAACUUUACUGUCGCCGAGGAAAGGGUGAAAACGUGGGAGGAGAUGACGGAGAGGGAGAGAUACGAGAUGCUUUGUCGCGGCGAGGUAUCUAUUCCGCUGGAGGUGGAGAAGAAUCUCAAGUGUCGUUACGUCGACCGUGGAAUUCCUUUCCUGAAGAUCGCGCCGUUCAAGGAGGAGGAGGCGUAUCUGGAUCCCAGGAUAGUUGUUUAUCACAACGUAAUCUACGACGACGAGAUCGAGACGAUCAAGCGCAUGGCCCAACCUAGGUUCAAGCGCGCCACGGUACAAAAUUACAAGACUGGCGCCUUGGAGAUAGCGAAUUACCGAAUCAGCAAGAGCGCAUGGCUCCAGGAACACGAGCACAAGCACGUGGCGGCGGUGAGCAAACGCGUAGAGCAUAUGACCAGCAUGUCGGUCGAGACCGCCGAGGAGCUCCAGGUCGUCAACUACGGCAUCGGCGGCCACUACGAGCCGCAUUUCGAUUUCGCCAGGAAAGAAGAGACGAACGCGUUUAAGAGCCUCGGGACCGGCAAUAGAAUUGCUACAGUUCUGUAUUACAUGAGCGACGUCGAGCAAGGCGGCGGCACCGUGUUUACCGCCAUCAACAUCUCGCUCUGGCCGCGCAAGGGCAGCGCGGCGUUCUGGUACAAUCUCAAACCCAACGGCGAGGGUGACUUCAAGACCAGACACGCGGCUUGCCCGGUGCUUACGGGAUCGAAGUGGGUCGCGAACAAAUGGCUACACGAGCGAGGCCAAGAGUUUCAUCGACCCUGUACGUUGGAGAACCAGGCGACGGACGAGGUAGACGUCAGGCACUGAGAAGCGAUUUUCGACUUCGAUCGUGACGGAGGAUCAAUUCAAAGAGGCACAUACUAAGAUACUCGGGACUCCCUCAGCUCUGACGAUCAAAGAGACACUAUUUAAGCGGCGACUCCGUGUAAGCGGGGACGGGAAUGUCGUUUGAGAGCGUUCGAGUGCGCUUCGGUCCGUAUGUAACAAGCGACAGUGCAAUUUAGCGUAAGGGAUAAGUGAGUAAGCCGCGAGAGAUCGUCGCUCGUGUUGUCGACGCUCUGGCAUGGUUCCGCGCGUAUUUAAUACACCAUACAGUCGCAGUUAAGCCGUACACACGAGACGGAUUUUACUUUCUGCUACACCGCUGGAACACAAACCCUCGCAUUACGACAGCGAUUAAUGUUUCCGUAAUCUUCGAGAAUAUAUCAGAGCAGUCAGCCAGUUAGCCGGCCGGCCGGCCGCGGCAAGCGAAAACCACCGCGAGAGGCAGCAGGGAAUAUCCGAACAAGAUUAAUCGGCCGCUUUGUUUCCCGUACGCUUUUCCCUUUAAAGGCAAAGCCCCAUAAAACAGAGAUUACUGCCGCUCGAAGCGCAGCAGCUGUAGUAACAAAGUUACUCUUUACGGAACGGGAAAUGCGCGCGUUUUUUUUUUUGUUUCGGUUGUUUCGGUCCGAUCCAACGCUGUCUACCGUGCACGUCAUCUUGCUCAGUUCGUCCACGGCGGAUAUGUUAACGUAGAGCUGUUUCGGGUUGCUGUCUGAGCGCCGCGGCGAAUAUAAAGCGGAGAGAGAAUGGAAAAGAACAGGCCUGUUCAACGCUGUAACUUUCAACUCGCGAAAAAAAGAGGGAGAGAAAGAAAAAGCGGGGUGAGUUUUGAACGGGCUUACCGCGCUAAAGAAUGAGGCUGCUUCGCCGUUUGCUGACGCGUAACGUUAGAGUAUCCACGAAGGUAGCCCUAAUAAAAUAAGAUAUUACUACACGUCAUAGCCAAAGCAAUAAUAAAUUGCGCACGUUCUGGCCAGUCUCGUCUUAUCUUGUAGUUAUAUAACGUGAACAUGUAGAACAGUGAAGAGCGCGAUGUGUAACCAUUAUUAUUAGCCUGUAGAGAUUAAUUGUAAUUUAAGCAUGACCGUUACGCGACCUUCCCCGCAGUCGCCGCGUCUCGAUACCGAUGUGCAAUAAUGUGAGGCACUUUCGCCGGCCGAGGUCCUUCCCUCGCGACGACGUAUCGCCGAUUUUUUGUCGGGGGUGUAAAUAGUGCGACGGCGUGGUGGUCCCGUACUAAAUAACGGUCCGAUCGGGCCGCAUCGUAUACGAAUGGGUAAAAGGAUGUGUAAAAAAAGGAAAGACGACGACGCUGUCCGAGUGUGACGCCGCGCCUCUGAACAGCGAUCAUGAUGUAGUAUAUUCGAGGAAGUCGUCACGCGUGACGUCUCGUAUUUAAGACCGCAGCGGUGCUCAAAUUGUUGUCCUGAGACUCGGCGAGCCCAUAGUCCUGAUUACGGAUCUGAGAGAACCACGACAGCUUUGUUAUGAAUUGUGAACAUGAUAAAAGGCUUAAGUGAUAAAUACGCGACAGGAGAUUUGAGAACCGCUGCUUCGUCGGAUUCAUACGAUUGUGAAUGAUUCGAAUAUCGCGAAUCGACUGUUAAUACUUACGCGCCGGUCCGCUACGCUGCCGUGCGAGUUUAGGAGAAGCAUCGCUCGCGAUCGAAACUCGUCAGUGACGAAAAAGAAGACUAGCUACGGUUAAGACGUUCGCUACCAACGUCACGUAUGUGUGACGCAACGAUCUCUCACUAGCGUCACAUAUGUGUAACGACAAACAUUUUAUGUCUAUAUUAUUAAACUAGAUCUGUUUUACACAAUUACGUAAAAAGGAAAAAAGACGAGGUAAUCUGUGGGCAGAGUCCUCUAAGGCUUGGUUCCACAACUUUAACUGUGGAGUUUAAUUCGUUAAAAGUCUAUCCGGAUAAAUUUGCGUCACAUAUUGCAUAUAUGCAUAAGGAAAUUAACCAAUUAUGAUUCGUGAAAGAAUACCUGUUAUAUCAGACACACGAUACAUUAGAUUAGUCAAUUUCCUUGUACAUUCGAGAGCGAAACGGUUUGAGCACAUUUUUUUCAAUAAAAUUGCAGCUCCGAGUUGUCAUAAUUGCGAGCAAUUGCUAACGGAUUGGCGUAGUAAUUGGUCAGUAACAAGAGACAACCAAUUACUUCGAAAAUCUGUCAGUAAUUGCUCGCAAUUCUGACAACUCGGAGCGCUGAAACUUCAUUGGAAAAAAACUGUUCAAAUGUUUUUGCUCUCGAGUGUACGUAUGAAUAAUGCGACUGUGCAUGUUUAUCUAAAUAGGUCUCUAACGAGUUCAACUCUAGUUUAAGCAAGUUGUGUGAAACUGAGCCUAAAUAAACCAGGGUAGCGAAGGUGUUAAUCGAUUGGCACAGCCGCUGCCGCCGCGUACGUGUGUUUCUAAAAUUACGCCGUACUUUUUGUACCGCGUGAAUACUUUGAUCUAAUUAAGAAUACAUUAUUAUCGUAGAAACUAUAUUUAUUACCGGAUAUAAGACUAUACAACCGACUAUACAACCGACUAAUCCAUCUCGCAUAUCCUGCACUUGCGCGUUGAAUAAACAUGUAAUCCGGUACAAUUGUAUCGUUAGACGUUGAAAAGGUCGUAACCACAAUAAUCUGCCACGUGUCUGUUACUACUUUCUAUUUUUACUGAAAAUCCCAUCUAUAAAAAUGAUGAUUCUAUCGGUUCGUGUUGAAUAUUCGAUUAUUAAAUUCUUGUUACAUUUUAGCUGCUUUGGCGCUUCGUAUAUCUGUCAAACUGAAAUCCUUGCACAGAAGGCACAUUCAUUAUGAAAGCCAUUUCGUAAAGACCAAUCCGUUGUAAUUUAUGAAACAGGAACGUUGAGUAAAUAAUAAUUUAAAUCGGGGUUAAAUUUUUGUUUAUAGAAACGAGUAUCCCCCGAUUAAAAAGUAGCAAUGAAGAAAAAGUUACAUCAAUGAAUCUCAUGAUACACUACUUAGAUAAAUUUUGUAAAGUAUAUUUUAUACUAAUAUAAUUUUUUUAUAUACCCAUUUUGCAAAAUAUCGUGUCAUCUAAUCACUUUAAAUACGUCACUUAAAACGGUUACUAAUAAGAGACGAAGAACAAAGUAAUGGCGACGAAGAAUGCAGAACGAAACAAUUCCAAUCGCCUUAUUAAGUGCGUGCGACUGAUAUCAUCUAUCUAAUUGUGAUUACUAUCGUUUUGUUAAAAUGAAGAAAAUAAAUAAAAUGAGAUUCACUGUA